CGACUCCUCACAUGAGGCCGUGGCUGUGGCAGAGCACUGGAUGUGAAAUCGCACUCGAUCGUCGCUGGGCACGCAGCAGCCUGCAAGUGAAGUGCGCCGCGCACAUCAACUCCUCUGCAUUGGCCUUGCACGGAUCAAGGGGAAGAGCUUGGGCGAUUGGGCAGGGCAGCUGGACACGGACGGUGAUCAGCUGAAAGGGACCACUAGGACACCAAGCAAGGGCAGUUGAUUGAUUAUCAUAGGUGAUGGAUCGAAGCUGGAUGACUAAACCAAGAAGGGAACCUGCUUACAAAGAUGGAGUGGACCAGUUCCUCUCAUUUGCUUUCCGUGACCUUCCACAUGAUAGAAAGAUAGCAUGCCCUUGCAUCAAUUGUGAAAAUAGAGUUACCCAAAAUCGUGAUGAAGUUGAGACUCACCUAAAAUGUGAUGGUAUUCUUCAGGGUUAUACAGUAUGGAAUCACCAUGGAGAGGAGUAUGACCCACCAUCAUUUGCAUUUGCUCAUGUGCCAGAUAACGAUGGGAGUAUUCCUACUUUGGGUGUUCCAGUAGAAAAUAGCCAUGGAAGAUUGGAUGACAUGCAAGGACUACUACAGGCUGUAUUUCUUCCACCAGCAAGCUAUGAAUCACCGUCAAGUAUGUCUGGAGCCGAAUUAGAUGAUAUUCAGUCUAAUUUUACAAAUAUGGAACAUAAUAUAGCUGAGGAUGUGAUGAGUCCUGCACAAGAUAAUACUACCAAGACAGAACAUGAUAUGUAUGCAAGCUUCUUCAAGGAUGCACACACAAGGUUGUACCCAGGUUGUGAGACAUAUACAAAGUUGUCAUUUUUAGUCCAUUUAUAUCACCAAAAGUGCUUACAUGGUUGGACACAAGAAUCCUUUACAUCCCUGCUUGGUAUAUUAUCUGCUGCACUUCCACCGGAGGAAAAUCUACCUAAGACAUAUAAUGAAGCAAAAAAAAUUAUCCGUGCUUUUGGUCUUGACUAUGUGAAAAUCCAUGCUUGUCCAAAAGACUGUAUGCUUUUUCGAGGAGAUAGAGCUAUGCAAGAGACUUGUCAUGUAUGUAAAAGCUCUCGAUGGAAAGAUGGUGAGAAGAAUGGAUCUCCAGCACAGCCGAAAAGGAAAAAGAAGCCAGCAAAAGUGUUACGUUAUUUUCCUUUGAUACCAAGAAUCCAAAGGUUAUUUGCAACUAACAAAACUUCGGAUGAUAUGCGAUGGCAUGAUGAAGGCCGUACAAAAGAUGGCAAAUUGCGACAUCCAGCGGAUGGGGAAGCUUGGAAGGAUUUUGAUAGAAGAUAUCCUGAUUUUGAAAAAGAUUCUCGAAAUGUACGCCUUGGUCUUGCAAGUGAUGGAUUUAACCCAUUUAGAAAUUUGAGUUCAAAGCAUAGUACUUGGCCAGUGAUGCUCAUUCCUUACAACCUACCACCUUGGAUUUGCAUGAAGCAAACAUCUUUAAUUUUGUCCAUGAUCAUUCCAGGACCAGAUUCUCCUGGGAAUGAUAUUGAUGUAUACUUGCAGCCAUUGAUCGAUGAGCUCUUAGAGUUGUGGGGGGGGGGGAGUGGAAACAAUUGA